AUGUCCCAAACAAUUAAGUUUUUCUUGCUUUUGUGUUUUGAUUCAUCUGCAGUAUUAAAAUGGUCGAAUUUUAAGUGUGAAGAUUUAAUAAAUGCCAAAGAUUUUUGUCAUGUCGAGGAUUGUCGUUUGAAGGCGGUGAGGAGAAAUUAUGCGGAAAUGUUUUUUAAAUUGGCCCUCUAUAAAGUACCCAUAACGAAUGUGAUGAUACGCUUACAAUUAUUCCAAAAAAGCAAUAGCGGUGGCUUUCAACCGUUUCUGUACGAUAUAAAUUUUAAUUUUUGCAAAUUAAUGAAAAAUUCUAAUUACCCCAUGUCCUUUGAGAAAUAUGUAUUCGAUCAAGUGCGUCCCUUUAGUAAUAUGAAUACAACAUGUCCUCUAAAUAUGUCUCACAUUAUAGUAAAUAAAUUUGGUAUAACAUCGGAAAUGGUAACGCUACCCUUGCCAACGGGUGUCUAUCGUUUGCAAUUCACUUUGAGUGCUUAUAAAUUGCCCAGGGUUUUAAUACAAUAA